CUGGUCUAUGCGGUGGAUUUUAUCAGAAAUUUCUCUAGUUCUACCCUCCAGUUAGUUGCCCUUGAUCCUGAUCUUAUUAAAUGUGUUGUUCCAGCUAGUUCAACCUCGUCAACAACCGGAGAGUCCUUAAAAGCUGGAGAACCGGGGGGCAGUGCGUUCCCCGGUGGUGUUAGCGAUGGCAUGGAUGGCGUCUCAGCAGGUCGAUCAGCAGCAAUCGCAGCGCUCUCAAGAAUUAUCUGCUCGAAACGGACUAAUGAGAAGCUUCCUAAUCAGCAGUUGGCGAGGUUCUUGUCGACUGUGCACGAGGCGUUGAUUGAGAAAGAUCGACUGGUCUUAUGCUCGUUGUUCUUUUAUGGGCAGAAUUUGUUUCGGUUAGGCCUACCUGGUGUUGAGGCAAUUUUACCUCAUUAUUUAUUUGCUUUGGAUAUAAUACUGAUUGAAAGUGCCAAGAUUAGACUCCAUCCAUCGAUUCCUGAAGUAGAAAUGCGUAGAGCAUGUCUUCGUGGACUGUCCUCAGUGGUUUGCUGGCCCACCACUUUUGGAAUGAGUAAAAUUCCUCAGCUUUCUGAAAGCGCAAAUCUAAAAUCGUCAGCGACUACCUAUCUUCAGCUACGUUCCAGGGUUUAUAAAACUCUAGUCUUCAGUUUGCGAAAUGAAACCGAUCCAAUUAAUCUUCAUUUAACGCUGGCAAUGUGUACGGUACUUAUGGAAGAGAGCUGUUCGUUCGAUCUAGGACUAAAUGAAGAACAAACACGUGAAAUGGUUCGAAUGGCUUCUCAGCAACAUACGAACCAAACGCCGGAAAAAGAAAUUGAAUGGAGGAAGCUUUUAGCCCACAUUUCUCACGUUUCUGUUGUUGCUGUGCCUUCCUCAUUCCUGUUUAAUUAA